AAUGUUGGGAUUACAGGUGUGAGCCACCAUGCCCAGCCCAAUUUGGUUUAAUUUUUUGAGGAACACCUUUGCUGCUUUUCACAGUGACUGCACCAUUUUAUGUGUCCAUCAGCAGUGCACAAAGUGCUAAUUUCUCAAAAUAACAUCCACACCAACACUUGUUAUUUUCUGCUUGUAUUUUUUUUUGGUAACGGCUAUCUUCAGGGGUGUGAUGUGGUAUCUUAUUGUGGUUUUAAAUUACAUUUCCCUAAUGAUUAACGGUGCUGAGCGUUUUUUCUUGUGCUUAUUGGCCAUUUGUGUAUCUUUGGAGAAAUCUCUAUUCAAGUGACUCCGCAUUCAUAACCAUUACCAGUGCUUCUUUUAGAUUUGUAACCUCUGAGAAUAGUGGGUCAGCAUUCUGGGCUGAUGAAGGCCUCCCUCAGGAGCUGGGCACUGGAUGAUCUGUUUGGUUGAAUAGUUAUCAUCGCCCACACUUUGGUGGCAUUUGUCAUUCAUGGGCCUCAUGCAGAGAGGGAGGCACUCUUGUGAGUCCUCCCAAUUACAGUUGGGGAAACUGAGAUAUGGAGAAGUUGAGUAUCUUACCCAAGGUCUCAUAGCUAAUCAUGGUGGAGCUGGGAUUUGAAUGAGUUCUGGAGUCCAUGCUGUACCUUACAGAUAUGGCCAGGGGGAUGCAGUGGCAAAGGCCACUGCAGGCAGCACAACCAGUGUGUGCAGGGGUUUGGAUAUGGUGGCUUUGGAGAAAGAACAGGUCUUGGGUAGAAGUGGUCAGAGCCCAGCUUGCAUGGGGGUGACCUGAAGUGGGAGGAAGAGUAGGACAGGUCUAGAGAGGCCAGGAACAGCGUCAGAGUUUGGGGAGGAGGCUUGGUGCUUAGGGACCCUGGCCUUUUUUCUUCUCACAAAAUAUUUAUUAACUAUAAAGGAAAAAUAAUAACUGCACAGUGGAGAAAUUUGGCAGAUACUGCCUUAACAAGGAAUUGGCUCAUCACUAAGAUUAAGACAAACUGUUGUUAUGGGUGGGUGUGUAAUGUACCUACAGUCCCAAUUACUCAGGAGGCUGAGAUGGGGGGAUUGAGCCCAUCUGUUUGAGGCUGCAGUGAGCUAUGGAGUGCACGCUAACCUGAGCAACACAGUAAGACCUCAUCUCUAAAAAAAGAAAAAGGAACACUCCCAAUACCACGUACUAAGAAGGACACAACGUCACUUCUUUGUUAUUCCUGACAGAUAUGUUUAACUUUCUCUCCUUUCUUUCUUCCUCUCUUUUUCUCUUUUUCUUCUUCCUUAUUGAUGUAAGAAAAAGCUCUAUACAUUUAAUGUAUACCUCUCGAUGAUUGGCCUUGGCCUUUGAGGUGUCCUGGGUCCAGUCCAGCCACUUGUCCAGUGGUGUUUCCUCUUGUUUGGUCCCUGGAGGAAGAAAAUAUGGAAGGGUUUGAUGGACCUCAUGGUCCAGUGGGAGAGACAGCAAACAAGUUAUAUUUCCUAUCCUAGAUAAGAGAGUAUCUAAAAUGACAGGAUGCAAUGAAUGCUCAGGAAGGAAUAAAAUGGGUGAAAGAGCUGAGACCCCCUUUUUGGUGAGAUCUGAAGUGGAUGAGGGAGGAGGUUCCAGGCAGAGAACAGCUGGUGCAAAAGCCCUGAGGCAGCAAAGACCUUGUGUUCAGGAAUAGCAGGGAGGGCUUUGUGGCCAGGGCAGGAAAGUCUGGAGAUAAGAUGGGAGAUCUGGAUAAGGACUAAGACCUGGAAGGCCUGAGGGCCAAGUGGGGAGCUUGGAUUUUAUUGUGAGGGAGCCACAGGAGGGUUUAAACCCGGCAGUAAUGAGAUCUUACUUCUGCUGGGAAAACAUUGCCAUGAUUGCCCCCAUUUUACAGCAGAGGAAACCAAGCCUCAGAACCAUAACUAGGGAGUGCUUCCUAAGGUGGGUUCUAACUCUGGGGUCCAGCUGAGGAGGCAGUAGAUUAUUUGGGAAUUUCUUGGAGGGCACAUCUGGUGAGGGGCCAAAGCCCAACACUGAAAAUGUUGUCUCUUCCACCUCCCCUCCCCAGAUAUGAGCCUGGGUUCCAAUCCUGGCUCUACCAUUUAUUAGCUGUGUAAUUUUGAGCAAGUGGCCUUACCUCUUGGAGCCUCAGUUUUCUCAUCCAAAAAUGAAUAUAAUAAUGGUAGCCACCUCACAGGGUAGGUGUGAGGAUCAAAUGAGUUAACAUUUUGUAAAGUGCUUUGAAGAGCGUCUGGUACAAAGAAAGUGCUCAGAUGAGAUUUGCUUUUUUUUUUUUAAUUAUGAAAAUCAUUAUUGUUGUUUUGCUGUUACUACUAUUAGUGCCUAAAGGAACACUCCCCAUCCCCCAUUUUUGCCUCAGUGGAGGGCUAGGCAGGGCCCUGCAGGCCAUUUUGGGGAUGAUGGACUUGUCGCCCCCUCCCCUGUAAAGUCAGGGAGGGGAGGAGGCUGCAGUGCCCAGGGGAAGGAAAGCUGAUGUGAAUCACUGCUGGCCUCCUCAUGCCCGGAACCCUAGCCCUGGCCCAGCUCCCACAGGCAGGGAACAGGAGCCUCUUCAGCCUGUGCAGCGCAGAGGGCUGAGGCUGAGGCCUGGGGGACCCCUCCUUCUCUGGGUCUCAGGAUUCCCGUGGAAAAUGGCCUAUCAAAUGCGCCUACCUGAAGUGAAUUAUAGGGCUUGGGCUGGAAGAGGUGGCAGUCACUGCCUCACCUCCCUCCUGGGAAUUCCUUCCUGCAGGGCUGCAGUCUCAUGGGAUUAAAUGAGGAGACUCGGGGGGUUUAAAUGAGUAUGGUGCCUGGCACUCAAAAAUUCUAGUUAUUGUUGCCACUAUUACGGCUGUUGUUUCGGAUGUGAAGGAUGUGAACUGCUUUCACGAGGCUUCUAAGGCACUUCCAGGCCCAGCCUGUUCCAGAGGGACCGACUCUACACGUGACAGAAUGGAGCGCCAGAGAGGUCCCGAAACCUGGUCAGGGACACACAUCUAGGAAGUGGUGGCGUUAAGGCGUGGUCUGAGGGAAAGUGCCCAGGCUGGACUCCCCUGAGUGAUUUUGGGCUAGUGUUUCAGCCUCUCCCAGACUCAGUUUACCAUUAGUCAAAUGGGUAACAAUUGAACUCACCUGAUAGUGAUUGUUGGGAAGAUUAAAAUGGGUUACCCGAUACCAAGAAAAUCACUUUCCUGUGCCUAGCACAGUGAACAGCACCUGGCUGUCGUUCUGAGUCAGGGAGGGGGGCUCAGUUUGUCCAUCUCUCAGAUGGGUGCGCUUGCCUGCCAGGGCCACUAGGACUCCGCGCGCCAGGUGUGCGGUAGGCGGGUCUCGGCUCCCGGAAGAGCUUUCCUGGGUGGUCCUGGAGCGGGUCGGACCCGGUUCCUGAGCCAGGCCAGCUGCCAGCGGCCGGGGCUCGGGUUCCGGCCCCUGCCUGGCUUUUCUUCCUCCUUUCGGGUAAUACGUGGGCCGGCGGGUUCACUUGCCCGCAGCCGCCGGAAGUUGCGCAAACUCAGGUUGCCUGAGCCCCAGGUGGGCUGGGCUGGAGGAGCGCAGGCCAGCCGCGCGGGCUCAGCCAGAGACCCCUGCGUGGGAGUGGUCUGUGGACUUGGGUCGUCAAAGUCUUCAUAAAGACCAGGAGCCUGGUUGGUGGUGCCGCCUUUUUGCCAGAUGCUGAGGAAAGCCCUUGACCUGUUUAAUCUCUCCAUCCUUAUCGUGACCUGGAGGCUCCGGAAGGUCUAUUUUUAACUUCAUUUCACGGAUAAGCAGUUGCCGGGGUCCAGCUGCCUCCAUUCUGCCUGGAUCUCUGGCUCCUCAUUUCUCCAAUCUCCUCAGACCAAAUCCCUUGGGAUAUGCAGCAGCCAUGCCUGUGGACAUGCUGAGCCCUGGAGCCCCGGCCGCCCCUGCCCUACCUUGCCGCCUGCGGACCAAGGUCCCCGGCUACCUGCUCCGGAGGCCGGCAGAUGGUGGAGUCCGGAAACCGAGUGCUGUGGAGCGCCUGGAGGCCGACAAGGCCAAGUACGUCAAGAGCCUGCAUGUGGCCAACACCCGUCAGGAACCUGUGCAGCCCCUGCUGUCCAAACAGCCACUCUUUAGUCCUGAGACUCGCCGCACAGUGCUCACACCCAGCCGCCGAGCCCUGCCUGGCCCCUGCCGACGGCCCCAGCUGGACCUGGACAUCCUCAGCAGCCUCAUCAACUUGUGUGAUAGUCCCGUGUCCCCUGCUGAGGCCAGCCGCACUCCUGGACGGGCAGAGGGAGCCGGCCAGCCUCCCCCAGCCACCCCCCCACGACCGCCACCCAGUACCUCUGCGGUCCGCCGAGUGGACGUCCGCCCUCUGCCUGCCUCACCUGCCCAGCCCUGCCCGUCACCGGGUCCUGCGGCUGCCUCCAGCCCAGCUCGGCCACCGGGUUUGCAACGCUCUAAGUCGGACUUAAGCGAGCGCUUUUCUAGGGCAGCCGCUGACCUGGAGCGCUUUUUUAACUUCUGCGGCCUGGACCCGGAGGAGGCAAGAGGGUUGGGUGUGGCCCACCUGGCACGGGCCAGCUCGGACAUCGUGUCCUUGGCCGGGCCCAGUGCUGGGCCGGGCAGCUCUGAAGGGGGCUGCUCCCGCCGCAGCUCGGUUACUGUUGAGGAGCGGGCCCGGGAGCGCGUCCCCUAUGGUGUGUCGGUGGUGGAGCGCAAUGCCCGCGUGAUCAAGUGGCUGUAUGGGUUAAGGCAGGCACGGGAGAGCCCCGCAGCUGAAGGCUAGGCUGCCGCUGGACCUGGAAUUCGCCACAGGACAGAUCUUACAGAGGCAAGUGGCCCCUGGACCUCUAUUGCAUCCAUUCUCCGGAUCUGCAUGUCAGAGGCUCCACCCUGGGGUGAACUUGGUAUGGAGGCAAAGGCUUAGAGGCUGGACCAGCAUUCUUGGGCAAGGACUGACCCUGAAGGGUUUUGCUCUUUGGACAGCCGAGAACCCCUCCUUCCACCCCAAUACAAGGUUUUCGACAUGUUAUUCCUGAUUAGUUCCUCUUGUGGGGCUGUAUUUGGGGUGCUUUGCCUUCCCCACUGAGAGUGAGGGCCAAGGGAUCGCCUCCAUCCUGUCUCGCCAGUGGCUCUGUAUCCUUCCUUCCUUCCUUAGCCUCUGCCCUUUGCUGACGUCCUCUUCCUUACCCAGCAGAACUCACCCUGGGGUCGUGGCAGUGGGGAGGAGCCUAUCCACUACUCUUCCUAGUCCUUGGCAGCUGGCCUAGGUGGGUAGACAAUGUUGGGGGCUGGUUAGGAAUCUGCACUGCUUUGACUUACCUCCCCUUGGUUAAUAAACACAAAUGCUUGUUUCUCAA